AUGUCCCUAGUCGAGUCUGCGCUAGCGUUCGCUCAGUCGAUAUUCCAUGCUGAGAAGGUCAAGGAAUGGACGGACGCAGCGAACAGUAGGGCGCAUGCACCAAUCAUUAUUGGUGUGGCAUCCUCCGGUCGACCGCAGCAACUUCUGCGAUUCGGGAUAGGCCCACUGAGCCGAUCACAUGAUCUCCUGGCCACUGCGCUCAAACGCAGGGGUCAGGCCACCGAACAGAGCGACGCCCGCCGCAUCCUAAACACUACACCCGACUCCUACUCGCGCCUUAUUCGCGCCCAAUCCAUGUUGCCAACUAAGCCAGCCACCACGCUCUGGGAACGCCUGCGGGCAUCGAUCGGGACCUCACGUAAUCAAAUUGAGACCGCGUCUCUGGAACCGCACUGCCUGCCACCGGAUCAUCGUCUGCCUCUUGCUGCUGUUGACGGCUACUACCCCACGUAUCCGCCACUGCUAACAGUGGCGCCUAAUUCUUGA